AUGAGGCUGCUGUAUCUGCUUUUCCUCUUCGCGCUGCAGAAAGUUCACGGCACUGCUGUUUUCUGCCCAGAAACAAAUGACCUCAACUCUGACGAGCUUCUGGUUGGUUGUCUAGGUGUGCGGUUGACCUGGCUGUACGCGGUGUUUGAAGACCUGCGGUCAGUGCUCGAGUUUGCGGUCAGUCUGCGGUGUGAGACUGGACUCUGUCCCGCAGACAUCCAGAAUCACGGGCAUUACUGCAGUAAAGCACACACGCGGGAUAUCCACCAAAUACCGCCCGCAGACGCCAUCGACCGGUGUUGUUUUACUCACUUGAGAUGUUCACAAGAGCUAAAGGAGAGAAACUGCAGUCGCAUGGCACCAACAAACAACAACUAUACCUGCAGCUACAACUCCAGCUGCGAUAUGUUGGAUUCCUGUGAUGAAGGAUUCUGUCAGUGUGAUCGAAUGGCAAUAGACUGCAUCAGCUUUAACCAUCUAGUCACAAAACAGGACCGUGAAAACCAGCCAAUCACGUCACAGACAGUUUCUCCCUUUGUGACGGAUCUACUUGAUAAUGGCACCUACAUUAGUGAUGUGGUCAAUGUAACAGAAAGGGUGGAUCUUCCCCUGUCAGACAUCGACAUGGAGACCAUGUUCUACGAAGUAAAUGGCACGCUGAAUGAGACUAUAAGCAACUUCACUAAUGAGCUGGUGCCGGUCAACGACUCUCUGAGCAGCAAUAUCCAGAGCACAGAGUAUCCAGGGAUGUAUCAGUCAGGUAAAGAGGAGGAGGAGAAUGAAGCUGAGGAGAAAGAGCUGGGCAGAAACCCAGACAGAGAAAGCACACUUGAAAGAGAAGACGAGCCAGAGGAAUAUGAGGAUGGGCUCUCCAAUGUUACUGCUGUGGUGACAACCGAAGAGCCUGGUGGAGACAAUGUGGAAGCCCUUACUACCCACAAUGCAGUGCAGCAGAGCACAAACAAUGAGCCGACUGUUAGCAUGGCGCUAACAGAAUCACAGAAUAUCACAGACUUACCAGAUAAGAACACACACCACAUGACCCAACCAACAACAUAUGCACACACUCACACACAACCUGACCAUCAUCCAUCUGACGAAGAUGAUUAUGAGAGCGACGAAGAUAAACUUGAGUUAAUCACAAGCAACAAUUUAAAGCCUACUAAACACACUUUUGAACAUGCUGCACAAGCGCACACUACAACUAACUACACACAUGACAUCACUAAACCACAUGUCAACACACAUAAUAUAAAAGAAGAAAAGAGUGAAGAAUCAGGAGAGGAAGGAGAAGAGGAAGUACAUUCAACACAGAGCCCUUAUAUGGUUUUGAUGACCACACCCACUAAAUUAACAACCAAUCAAAGCUUGCAUCACAAAACAACCUCGUCAGUGGUGACCAGUAAAAAUACAGCAGCUUCUGUGCAGUUUCCAUCUAUGAAAGAAAGUGAGGAAAAAUAUGUAUCAGAUGAAGGAAAGAGAGAGAGCACGGAAGAUGAAGAGACAGAAAAAGAGAGGGAUUUAAGCACAAAAAAACCAACAACUUUAACACUGACAAGGGACAAGGAAGAGAGUAAGGAAGAUUUACAAAGUGAUGAAGAAGAUAAUAAAUCAGCCACAAGCCAAACCACCACCAACCCAUUUAGGGUGAGCCAGAUCAGUCCAUCCAAUUGGGUCAUUCCAGCACCGAUCCCUAAACCUGUGGUUCAUAAUGUAUCACCAGCACCAACAGUUGUAAAACCAAUUACGAACCACAAGAGCACAACGGUGGUUCCUCACAAGCCCAUCAGCACACGGACUACAACAUCAGGACGGGCUGCUGUUGAAACCAUCAGUCAUCCUCAGAAACCUCCCCAUCCCAUUGACCACUCAUCAUUGACCACUACAGGACGGCAGGAGUCUGCUGAGGAAGAGGAGAAGGAGGAAGAAAAAGAGCCCUUGGACAGCUCUCAGGAAUCAGAGAAAAUUGAUAUUCUUCGGGUACGGGGACGAGCGCUGCCGUUCUUUGCUUUGUCUCUGUUGGAAGCAGCUGGACUCACAGAUUUGCAGCAGCAAAAAGACUCUGAGGAGUGUAGCAUGUCUUUCCUCCAGUACAGCGCAUCAGGACAGGUGUUAAGGGACAUGUCUGCACUGGGAGAAAUGUUACACUGUCUGACCGGACGAUGCCCUCAUGAGUAUCAACACUACGGUUGCUACUGUGGUCAGCAGGGGACAGGACAACCAGUGGACCGACUGGACCGGUGUUGUUUUCUGCAGCAGUGCUGUCUGGAGCAGCUCAGUGUGUUUGGCUGCAGGACAAACAGAAAACUCAACGCUCACAUCAGCUGCCACAAGGCAAAACCUCAAUGUUUCGGAGUGAGUGUGUGUGACCGGCUGCAGUGUGUGUGUGAUCGCUCCACUGCUGAAUGCAUGGCGGCGUCACACUUUAACAGCUCUGCCAGCUCCUCAUGUUCCGGGCCCCACCCACUGUGUCUCCGCACGGCUCAUUCGUCAGCACAGUCGACCAAUCAGGACUCCAGCGAGGAGAGCGACGAAAUGAGCCAAUCACGGCCUCAGAUCCACACACAAUCAGACACAGUUGACAGAAAACCCACACAGAGCAAACCACAAAAGGAUGUCAGAGAAGAAGAGGAAGAAGAGGAGGAAGAAGAAGGAAAGGAGGAAGAGAUAGAGGAAGAAGAGGAGGAAAAGGAACAAGAGGAAGAAGAGGAGCAGUAGAAGGAGGUGGUUCUGUCAUUUUUAUAUUUUCAGGCAGCUCUCAAUGAUGUUAUACACAUUUAAGGAAAAGUUUAGCUCAGUAUUCAGUGAA